UCCCGGAAUUACUAUUAUCAUUGGUACAGUAUGUUUAAGUACGAAGCAAAAGAUUUCGUCACGCUAAAUUAAAAUUCCACUGAGUGAUAAAAAAAAUAUCAAAUGUUCCCGUCUGGGACCCUAAAGAAUACUCUCUAUUCUUCCAUGAGGAACCGUGAAGUGGUGUUUACGAAUAAGUUACCUUUUUUUAAUCUAGUUUGACGUUAGAAAAUGAAACAACAACCAUGAACCAUAUUUAUAUGGAAGCACUGAUCAAAAAUCGAGUGUUUCUCGUGCGCAAUAUCGAAUAUUCGACUUUGAGAGAUUUUCUCAUAGAAGAGAACGUGUUUCCGAUUAGUCAAAUUGAAAUAAUUGAUUCCAAACCUCACAGAACUGCCCAGAUUAGAGAAUUAAUUGAUAUACUUCCUCGUCGCUCUGACAAACACUUUGUAUCAUUCUUACAGUGUCUCUCUUACUCCGAACAGAAACAUAUUGCCGAUAAUAUAGCGAAAUGUGUCUACAAACUUAUAGAAACAAAUAGACCCAAACUGAGCACAAAUGAAUAUAAACGUAUUAACGAAAGUAUAUCUAAUUUGACACUAUCAAACUCACCGAUUUCUCCAACGGAAAACUUUGAUGAAAACAAUUAUGAAAUAACUUUUUCGCCCCAAGAGGAAACUCAGUCACUCUGCAGUUAUUUUUAUGAAGAGAAUGAUCCCAGUUAUGAAAAUAGCGAGGAAAGUGGUCCAACCGUCGGUCAUUUGGCGUGUUAUAAGAUGUCGUCAGAACCAAAAGGUUUGUUUUAUGUUAUAAACAACGAUACAUUUAAAGAUGCCUCUUUCAACCGCAAUGGAUCUAAAAAAGAUAUGAUUGAUUUGAUGAAUUUAUUCUCGGAAUUAGAUUUCGUUUGUGAAAAAAAAGAAAAUGUAGGUGCUAUCGAUAUGAAACUUGCUUUAUGGGGAUUUUCUCAGAUGUCAUUAUUAGAAAAAGCUAAUUGUUGCGUUGUUGCCAUUCUUACACAUGGCAAAAACAUAAAUCAGUUGGUAGGAGUUGAUGGAAAUGUCAUUAAUCUAGACGAUGUACUUGCUUACUUCAAUGCCCAAAACUGUGCUGCUUUGGUUGGCAAACCUAAGUUAUUCAUUAUCCAGGCAUGUCGAGAUGAAAUUUCGAAGGAAUCUUAUCACCAAGCUGCUAUUCGCUCCGAUGUAGUCAUCGCUUAUUCAACAUCACCAGGAUAUGUUUCCCUUAGGGACCCUAAAGAAGGCUCUGUAUUCAUCAAAGAAAUUGUCAGUGUAUUCGGUGAGUGUUCUAAGCACAUGUCUAUUACAGAUAUGUUGAUAAAGGUUAGAGGAAAUAUAACCAAGAAAUAUCCUGAUGUAUCGCAGUACCCAAUAACCGAGUUUGCCUUAGAAAAGAGUUGGUAUUUGAACUCCACCCUCCGUUGAGGUAUCACGUACCCUGUGGUACACAGGUGAGAGAGCUUCGACUGCUCCAGUUACGAUUCUCGCUAGUAAUAUAUAUAUAUAUAUAUAUAUAUAUGUGUGUUUGUGAAAUUGAUGAACUAAAUACCAUUUUU